UUAUAAAAUAUUCAUUAUUAAAUUUAAUGUUGUAAUUCUGUAUUGUAAUUAAUUAUGUGUGAAAAAAUAUUACUAUACUGUUGAAUUGCUGUACUUAAUAUGACAACCUUAAUCAUUUAAAUUCAGUACGAAAUUAUUCGAUCGUAACUGGCAAGCAAUAGACAGAUGGUCAGUCAUGAUAAGAAAUUAGUUGGACUUGAUGGUCAGUCUUUUAUGAAUUAAUAGAAGAAUCAUUUUUCAAACUCGAGUUUUCUGCGCGCCAACAGGAUUCGUCAGUCUUAAAACGCAGUAAUUGCUGACAGAGAUUACUUAAUCAUUUAAUUGUAAUUAUGAUAUAACUAUAAUCAAGAGACACGAUAGUGUCUUACGCUAAGUUCACGCGUGAAGUGACGCUCGCGCAGCGACACUGUCCUAUGGCUAUACGCGAAGAAUCUUUGCACGACUCUACAUCAAAAUGUAUAUUUAAAAAAGUGUGAUAAAACAUACCUUCUCUUUGAAAACAUACAAGAAAGACAAAUACAUACGCUACUUGGUUUCAUGGACAAAGUAUAACAUCGUUCCAACAAAAAGACUGAUAUCAAAUCAUCGUUAGAUUGUAACAUAAUUUCUAUCAUAGUUUUGGAAAAAAACUGCAGCAUAAAAUUUUUAAAUGAAAAAGAACUUGGCGCUGCUGGAUGAACGGUUUAUUGAAAACCAGCUUCUUCUUCGACGUCUCAAACUGAUCUGAUCUGUUGGCUGAAGGCGAUAGUCAACUGCGCUUGCGCUUCCAUAAAUUUAAAUAUAAAUGAUGCCUGUGUAUUUUUCUUACAUUUUCUAUUAUACAAUUCACUUAUUUCGUGAUAAGUGUUUAAUAUAACGUAUAACAAUACUUCUAUAUUUCGUGUAUCUAUAGUCUCGUCAAUUAUUCACAGCGUAAUAAGAGACAAUUAUUUAAUAAUGGAGAGUAUAUUAAGCUAAAUUCAUCCUUUCUUCAUCCAUAAUGACUUAACAACAGUAUAUAGAGAUAGAAGACAGUUUAUAAAACUGAAGACAUUCAGUGCACUUGUCGGAAGAUCAGUCGUUUCAUUACCAAAGCAGCUCCAUUCGCGGCGCGAUAUGGUAUUUGCAGGCGAACGCUGUGUAAAGCUCCAUCGAACUAUGCUUAUGAUUGUGGGAUUAUGGCCGUAUCAGAAACCAGUCAUCUGGCGAAUACAAUCAGUUUUCUUCUUGAGCUUCUACUGUUGCUAUUUAUUUUUUCAGUUUGCGCCGUUCUUGACGACUACUUGUAACAUUGAUUGUACCCUAAAAAGAUUUUCUUAUCUUUGUAUUACUUUUGUUUUUAUUAUGAAUUAUUACUCAUUCUUCUUUAAUUCUGAAGCUAUUAUGGCAAUUAAAAACAGGUAAAACAAAUAUUUGAACAUAUGCAGCUCGACUGGAAAAUGUUUGAAAAUAGUGACACAAUGAAAAUAUUUGAAGAAUAUCUCUUUGAAUCUUAUAUUUUCACAUUAUUUACGUGUAGUAAGUGAGCCAGAAAUGUUACCGUAAUUUUUUACCAUUUUAGUGGAACUGUUUCAUAAUUUCGUUGUAUGUGUUUUUCUAGUUAUUCUUUUAAUAAUUGCAUCUUUUCUUCUAACUAUUGAAUGUAGUCCUAUCAUUCUUG